AUGAAGUUUCCUUUGUAUAGCCUUGUCUUACAUGCUCAUCAGCCAUGUGGCACUAAUCACUGGAGGAUGUUUGAUAACAAGUUGCAUGGCUGUGAAAUAUCGGUGACUAAAAAGGACUCCAAUGAAUCAGCCCUGUUCUCCCCCUUUUGUGCAUUUACAUUCAGGUCUGAUGCCUUAUUCAAUCAGCUGGACGUGGCAUCAUCUCAACUUGUCAUGACUGAUAGUGAUUUUAAAGAUCCAGGAUUCAGGAUGCAGCUUAUUGAUACUGUCAAUUCCUUGUUGAAUCUCAUAGUCGUUCCAGUUUUUAAUGAAAAUUAUGUAAUCAGCACGCGGAGAGCUCCUUAUGAGGACAUUUGCGUUUAUGGAUUUAACUCAGUAAAAGUUAAAAAAGAGGAAAGAAGUGGCUAUAUUGAUUUUUGCCAAGGAUUAUGGAGAUUGAAAGAAACACUAGCCGUUUCAAGGAGAAUUGAAGACUCUCAUUUGAAACAAUUUGUCAUACCGUACCCAGAAACAAGAAUCCUUCCAAUUAAACCCGAAUUCGAGUUUUUGAUUCUCGCCUGUGAUGGGUUGUGGGAUAAGGAAGGUGAGUUUCAGGUUAUCAAUAAGGAGGCUGUAGAUAUAGCUCGACCCUUCUGCACAGACCCUCAGUGUUCAUCAACACUCUAUGCUUGUAAAAAGCUUACUGAUCACUCUGCUAAUAAAGGCUCUGCUGAUGAUGAUAUUAGUGUGAUGAUAAUUCUGCUGAUGAUGAUAUUAGUGUGA